AUGUUAAUGCUCAUUUUGGAUGAUUCUGUGUUGGGAUUUGGGACUAUGGACUCCAUUUCUGCGUCGUUUGGGGAUUAUGGGCUCUUUUGUGCCAUUGAUACCAGUGGAAAACAUGCUGCGAUUUGUUGGGACUCCAAGAACAGAAACUCGACAAAUUCGAAUUCCUUGCGUUCUUCCUCCAACCUGCCUCCGAUGGCGGCGCUCUCGGGUGGAGACGGCAAUGAAACCGUCGAUGAGCUUCAGCUUCUCCUCCAUCCAUCAUCCAUCGGAAACCGCCCCCACCGCAAAGCCACCGGCACCGAAAACUGCCCCCAGUGGACUACAUUCAUCCAUCCCCAACCUUACAGCUGCGUGAAAGGCGAGUUCCUAAUUUUUUCGGCAACGAAGCGAGAGGCGGUGCCUUCGUGUCUCCCAGAGACACCGACCGUGUCUCUGUAA